CCCCUUUAAGAGAAGUUGGAUACGAAUGAGCUACUGCUCCAUAGCUAAUGCAGUAGAAUCGAGUAGAACAGUCGGCUAACGUUAGCCAGCUAGUCUGCUAGUGUACCUGUGAGAUACAGUGCAGAGGAAUCAGGGCAGCAGGCAGGCAUCCCCUUGCGCAUCCUAAUAGCGAACUGAGAGGCGUAGGAAUGGGGGUCAGUUAAUAUUUUCUCAACGGUGAGGAAACGCUGAUAACGAUCAAGAUGGUGUCGUGGAUCAUUUCUCGGAUAGUUGUUCUGGCUUUUGGAACUCUCUAUCCAGCCUACUCAUCCUACAAAGCUGUGAAAACGAAGAAUGUGAAAGAAUAUGUGAAAUGGAUGAUGUACUGGAUAGUGUUUGCGUUCUUCACCACGGCGGAAACGAUCACGGAUCUGCUUCUCUCAUGGUUUCCCUUUUACUUUGAGCUGAAGAUAGCCUUUGUGAUCUGGCUGCUGUCGCCGUACACCAAGGGCUCCAGCGUUCUCUAUCGCAAGUUUGUGCACCCCACCCUCUCCAACAAGGAAAAGGAGAUUGAUGAAUACAUCACUCAGGCACGAGACCGCAGUUAUGAGACCAUGAUGCGGUUUGGCAAGCGAGGCCUGAACCUGGCCGCCAAUGCCGCAGUCACAGCGGCCACCAAGGGGCAGGGUGUCUUGUCCGAGAAGCUGCGCAGUUUCAGCAUGCAGGAUCUGACGCUCAUCCAGGACGACCAGGAGCUGCUGGACCCUGCGGAGGAUAUGAGCACUGGCAGCCAGACCCUCCCACGCGCACGCAGCACCUCACGCCAAACGCGCUCCGCAGCGGCGGUGGCGGCUGUCGUGGCCGAGGAGGCGCAUCACAGCUCCAGCGACCAGUCGGACACCCGGACCGAGCACUCGGACGAGGACGUCGUGGAGAAGACGACGACGACGACGACCGUGAAGCGCACGCCCAGCGUCAAGGCGGUCAAGAAACCGGCCGCGACCAAAACGGAGACAACGAAGACGGUGAAGAAACAGCCAAAGAAGAAGACCACCGCUACAGCUGGCAAAGAGGCUGAGACGCCCUGAGCGCCCAACUCCAUCUCUGGCCCACCAACACACACACACACACAGAUACACACAGAGACACCUACACACACACUUACAUACACAUACACAUACACACACACGUGCACACAGGCAUAGGUACAUGCCGGCACGGCGCCUGGCAGUGGUGUAUUUUCCAGUCCUUUGAGACCAGCUUCACUUUAAGCAUUUUCAAUCCAUAAGUGCACCGCGCUCAAGAUUUCUUUUUCUCUCUUUUACUUCCAUAGGAUAUGUGAGCAAGGUGUGUGUGUGUGUGUGUGUGUGUGUGAGUGAGUUAAUGUGUGUUUGACAUGGGUUACAUACAAGGGUCUCUCUACCCUAAUCUUAUUUUGUCUGUAGGCCUCACUUCCAAGAGCAUCUCGUGUCAACCACUCCACCAAGCACAGAUGAACAACACCUUUUUUUCCACCUUUCUCUUUCUCUCCAUCUCUCUCCACUCCAGUAAAUGUUAGCUUACCUCAUUAGAAGCCAGUGUUCUCCACUCUCCCACUCUCCCGUCUCCUCUCAAACAGGAACUCCUGGCCAGUGCCUCCGCAGCUUCUGUUAAGUAGGCCAGACAACGCGGGUUUAGCGGCGCUUCUAAACGAGGACUCGAGGGGCCCGGCUAGCUUUUCGCGUUCUUGUUUUUAGUAAGGCCACCCGCCAAAGACAGCCGUGUCCUCAAUCGCAGGCGGCCUCCGCGGCCUCCGGUGUCCUCAAUCGCAGGCGCCCCCCCCGUCCCCCCUCGGUGGAGAGGAAGGGGCCGAGCGGCGCUCUCGAAAGGUCGACACCAUUUCAAGCAGACGCUUGUCUCUGCGUAUAGCAGCGCUGGGGCUCCCCUGGGUAGGCAGGUUCUACUCCCCUCCCCCCCCCCAUCCACUUGAAACUCUUCUAGAGAAGGGACAGGGAGUCGGUGGGUUAAAGUGAAGGACGUUUCCGAGGCCCGUUCAUGUGGUUGAGCUUGACUUAUUUUUGUCUGUAGUCUGUUCUUCAAAAAAGUGGCCUUCAGGGUAAGGGGGUGGGGGCUACGAUGUCUGAACUACUGGUAAAUUCUUGAGGUGAGUCCACGGGAGUUGUUUUUAUUAAUUUGUGCACAAGCGCAACAUGAUUCUCACUGUAGUGGGCACUUCAAGUGGAGUACAACUCGGUGUUCUUUUAUUGCGACUCAUUUGUCAUUUACUUUAUUGAAAAACUGCUGCGAGUUUUUAGUUUACACGGAAAAUGUUCCCUCUUGACAACAGUCGGACACUUUGUUCAUUCAGACAAAGCUGAGGUACUUUUCCCAUUCCUACUUAAUUUCUCUUAUUUGCUUUAUGCGUGUGUGUGGCGUGUGUGUGUGUGUGUGUUUUUUUUUUUUCAAGAGUAGACAUUCUUUUAUUUUUAGACAGUGUUGGGACACAACCUCCUCAUUCAGACUCUGUUGUUAUGAAGUGUCUAUAAAAGUAGUGCCCCACUAGUGCCCCACACCAACCAAACACAUAUUCACUUCCCGUGACCGAUCAUUUAUCGAUAUAUACAAACCAGCUCUUGGGUAGAGGUUGGCUGCAAAAAACUCUCGAAUCUUUUGAACAUUCUUUUUGACAGUCUCUAGUUUUUUUAGGAAUCUUUACACCACCUAGUGCGUGUCUGUGGCUAGGACAUGAGACGUUUCAAUAUCUGUGUGUCCGUUCUGCUGUGAUUGUUCCUCCAUACUCUGGAGCUUGCUUACACCCAGAUGUCGAUGUUUGUUUUUCUAGCUUAGCUUCAAUUCCGAUGCAUUUUCUUCUUGCCUGGUGUUUUUGCGUCAAGCUGGGCGAGUGACUCCGUGAUAUCUCACUGGAAAUGGUCACUUACGAACGCAAGUCAGGUCCAUAAGUCUAUAUCACUGUUGUAACAAAGCAUUAACUGGAUAACCGAUAUAUCUCAAGUGUCUUCUGUUUUCUGAGAGCUUGGAACCUCUGUAUCUGCUGGGUUUUUUGAUGGGAGUGAUUGUCCGGCUCAUUUGGAGUGUUCUAAGUAAGUCUCUGGAAGGACAAGCGAGAGAAGUAGGGGAAGUCACUUCUACUGUAGGUCCCGUCAGUGAAAUGCUGGUCUGGACAGCCAAUGUUAAGAGUUGUUUACUCAUUUAUUUUGUGAAAGGGGGUUUUACUUAGUUUGCUGAAAUGUAACCGUUGUGGAUGGAGCCCAAACGGGCAAAUCCCGAGUUGUUCGAUCUUAACUUGCAUGAGGGAAAGGGGGACUCAUUUGAAAUGACUUGCCCUAGAGUGCAUAGCCUCCAGAAUAUCCCCGAGUGCCCACGAACAAGCAUGAGACAACUGCACCUGUGCGCUUGCAAAAAUGGGUGGUGUAAUUGCACCAGUAACCAUUAGGGGGCAGUGGUGCCCUUACCUUACAGGGAAGCAGGGGCGAUGGCUUCAAAAACGUUUGUGAAAUUGCUGAAACAAUGUAUCUGUAAAUAUUGUUCUACUGACUGUACAAUUUGAGCUUGCUUGCCUUAUUCUCUUCAGUAGGAUUGAUGGAUCUCUGUUUUAUUGUUUCUUUAAGGGGGGGGGGUCUUAUUCAUGGUUUCCCUCCCUACUCUGGGGGGAAAGUUCCUCUACAAUAGACCCUCAGGGUCUAUCCCAGUUGAAGUACUGUCCAUAUGGAAAUAUCAUUUUAAUUGCAUCAUCAUCUUCAUUUCAACGAUAACAUGUCUGUCUGUUAGUUACCCCUCUUAGCUCUUUGCCUAGAUUUAAGGUUUCUCUCAAGUUCCCUUUAUAAGUCUUUAGGGAGUAAGUAGGCCUGUUUUUAGGCCUCCAUGGUGAACAAAGUCAUCACUGUGGCCAGUCUGAAAGAGACCAGUGCAGCCUUCUGACCACAGUCAUUCAGUGGACAAUGAUUUACUAAUGCAAAUGCAUGGCCUCUCAUCAAAACAUGCUCCUCUCAAACAGCCUGCGUCUUUCUGCGUGUUUUAUUUUAUUUAUUAAAGUGUUGUAUUUGAAAACAUUGUCACUUCAUGGCAUGUCUCACUCCAGCGUAAUUGCGUCUUCACGAUAAGUAGUGCCGUGUUUGGAACCUCCUGAUGGUAGGGGGGCAGUCUAGGAUCAUGCUGGGAUGAUGCCAUGCAUUUUGGGGGUGUGGGGACUACUGUGUUUACCCAACAGCAACAUAAAUGCCACUUUAUUUUUAAAAUGCUAAAGUGAGCCCUUUUUUUUAAAGAAAAAGGUUUGCAUUCCCCACAUUUGUGAAAUAAGCCUUCCCUUCUCUCUGUGAACUGUGAGCUCAAACUUAAGUGGAAGAUGUCUUCCAAAUCUGACCGAGUAGAACAACUUGUUUGCACUCCUCUCUUUCUCCCCCGAUUUGGUUCUUAAUUUGGUGUGUGUACCAUGAGGUUUAUUUUAUUUUAAGCUGCUGUUUGUUUGCACUGAUUAGAUGAUGUCUCACAUACUCAAGUUAUCGAAGGAAAAAAGUAAACAUUUCUCGUCGACAUAUCACUUGGACAUUCUUGUAUGAAAUUUCAUUCAUCAUUUUGAUUAUUUAUUUUUUUGUUUCUUUUUCUCUUUUUUUUGGUUUUUAGUGUGUGUUUGAUAUCAGUAUUAUUAUUGUGCAUAGGCUUUCAAUUGUGAGAGAAUAUACAACAUUGUAAUAUAUUAUUUGUGCCAAUUCUCAAUACUCCACUAUAAUAAAACAUAAAGUAUAAGUUCAACUUACUGUGCAGGGUUUCUGCUAACCACCACGUCUGAACAGACAUUCAUGUAUCCAUAACAAAUGCUACUAAUAAAAUACCAAUAUUACCUGG